AUGAUCAACUGUUUCUUCGUAUGCGCUGAUUCCGAUAAAUUUUCACUAAUUGAUACUUCUGCACUACCAAGCUCCGAUGAAUCUACUGUUUCAAUAUUAGAAUCAACCAGUAGUUUUUCUUCAAUAGAAUCAUCAUCAUCAUCAUCAUCAUCACAAUCUAGCCAUAGUAGUAGUAGUAGUCGUAGUAGUACAACUGCUCGUCCAUAUUAUCCUGAUACAUAUAGCCCAGGUUCAACUGCUGGAAUUAUCGUCGCGUCAAUCAUAUUCAUUAUUGUGAUUUCAAUCAGUGCACUUUGUAUUCGUCGUCAACGCGUUCAUUAUUUACCAUAUUAUAACGAUUAUCAGCCAGUUUAA